UUGAACCAAAAGCGGAGUGACCUUCCUCGGGUAUCAGUAGAGAGGCAGUACUACUGAAGCAAUAAACCGGUGACAGCUCACCAGCCCACCGCACUAGCCUCAGAAAUGAACAACAACUUAGCCGGAGACGAAGUAGGGAAACUUUUUGUGGGUGGCUUGGAUUGGAGUACCACACAGGAGACUUUAAGAAACUAUUUCUCACAAUAUGGAGAGGUAGUUGAUUGUGUCAUCAUGAAGGACAAAACAACAAAUCAGUCUAGAGGCUUUGGGUUUGUCAAAUUCAAAGAUCCAAAUUGUGUCCGGACUGUGCUGGAGACCAAACCUCAUAACCUUGAUGGCAGGAAUAUUGACCCUAAGCCAUGUACUCCCAGAGGAAUGCAACCUGAAAAAACUCGAUCCAAGGAUGGCUGGAAGGGCAGCAAAUCAGAUAGCAAUAAGUCAAAGAAGAUUUUUGUUGGUGGAAUCCCCCACAACUGUGGUGAACCUGAACUCAGGGACUAUUUCAAUAGAUUUGGAGUGGUCACAGAGGUGGUAAUGAUCUAUGAUGCGGAGAAACAGAGGCCCCGAGGUUUUGGAUUUAUUACUUUCGAGGCCGAACAAUCAGUGGACCAGGCUGUCAACAUGCAUUUUCACGACAUCAUGGGCAAAAAAGUGGAAGUGAAAAGGGCUGAACCUCGGGAUAGCAAAGCUCCUGGCCAGCUCGGACCUAGCCAAUGGGGACCCAGAGGCAUCUUGAGUGCAGCCAAUGGUUGGACAGCACAACCUGCCCAAGGCUGGCAACAGAGUUAUGGGCCCCAGGGAGUAUGGGUGUCUGCGGGCCAGCCUAUAGGUGGGUACGGCCCCCCUUUAUCUGCUGGUCGUGGAGCCCCUGCACAGCCCCCUUCACCAUUCAAUGCAUUCCUGGUCACAACAACCCCGGCAGGGGGCUUCGGGGCACCUCAGGGCUAUCCGCAGCAAGGAUACAGCACACCACCUCAGUUUGGGUACACUUUUGGUACGCCUCAAGGUGACCAGUAUGCGCCACAGGGAGUGCCUGCCCCUCCCACCACUCCGGGAUCCGGGCCUCUAGGGUUCGCCCCUGCCACCACACCCACUCAGGACAUGAGCAAAGCCCCUACGGGACAGCCCGACUUCCCCUACAGCCAGUAUGGCUUGGGUAACUACCCUCAGGACCCCUCUGCCUACGGACCACGCGUCCUUCUCACAAUUAUGGUCAGGAUGAGCAGGGAUAUAGUGCAGAUGGUACAGUCUUGUGUUCAUUGGAUGUCUAUGCAGUUCCCUUCCUGCCUCUCUGACCACUGUGGCAACAGGGAGAUGGUGCCAUCCAGUGUCCAUAAUGUUAUGGUCAGGACCUGACUGGGUUUGGCCACACCUUUGCAGAUCCUACCCAGCAGACAGCCUCAUAUGGGGCCCCUGCAGUACAACCAGCAGCUGGACCCCAGGCCACAGCCACUGCUUUCGGCCGA